AUGGCGUACUACGAAUCGCCUUUCACUGCUGGCGCGGGCCCCUCCAACCCAGCAACUCAGCUCACAAACGAAACUACCACUGCUACUAGCACCUCAACUGCCCAACAGCGUCGUCCUAAAGACCCGUCGUUUCUACGUGCUUUGACGGGAUAUUCUAUUCCCGUGCAUAUAGCACACGACGAGGCCGAGAACUGCCACACCUGUCGUCUACAGCUUGUCCAAGGGGGAGAGCGCGUUGUCAUCGACGGCUACCGCCCCUACCGCACUAUCAACAUCACAAGUCGUUACCCCACAUAUGAAAUUAACCGACUCUAUGAUUUGACCGUCCAUCGGCUUUUCUCAGGCGAGAUUCCCUACACUUUUCUGAUGUUGGGGCCAAGAGCCGGCUUCCUCUAUCCCCUAGAUGCCAAUGGCAUCUUUCACUUCAUAGUCAAAGACCCGCCUCCAGGCACACCACACACCAAGUUUAGACGAGCUAACGAGCGGAUGCGCGACGACACAGUUAUUCUUCGGACUGUCAGCGGAUCUGGACCGCCUGGCUUCCCGGAUUUUUACGUCCGUAGAACUCCAGAUGGUCGACUGAGUGUUUGGUUGAAGCCAACGAGACGCGAGGCGAAACGGAGAAACUACGGUAAUCGCGGCCACGAGCUUCUUGUUUCGUAUAAGCCUGGUGGUCAUUGGCAGCUCACCCAACAGAUGGGCUUCUCAGAGCCACCGAGUGGACACUGGAAACCUAAUCUACAUGACGUUCUUGAUCGUAUCCAUGAUGCUGAUCGUCACGGACCGCCACCACUGAGGCCUGGGGCACAACAGGACAAACAAGCCACGAUUUCAUGCUCUUUUUCUCUCCAGCUCUUCUCUCGCAGCCCCAAUCCCCUCCCUGUGACGCGCCAUUAUCCACAAACAACGAUGUCAAGCCCGUUUAGAUAG